AUGGAGAACGAGACGGAAGAGAGAAGCCCUCCCCAGUACAUCCCAAGCGCAGCCUCCCGAGACUACAUAAUGAGAAUACUCAGCCCAGAGCAGAGAAAGAAGGAGAUCUCAGUAAAUACCGUGGAAAUAGAGGAGAAAACCAAAGAGCUCGAAUCCCUUAUGCUGAAGGGAAGCGUAGACGUCCUGAAGGACUUGGACAGACUCCCCCACGUGAUCGAGGGAAUGAAAACUUUCAAUAAAAAAAUAGACGAGGCAGAAGAGCAAAUACUCGCUACAAGCCUCCAGAAGAGCGAGACAAAAAAGUCCCUGCAGGAAAUAAAAAGAAUAAAAGAGCGAGUAAAAGACUCAAUCUCCGGAAUAAAGCAGAUAAAGAUCCUAGUGGAGACUACGCAGAAUCUAUCGAGAGUCUCCAACAAGGGAAUGGUGCAGAUAGAGAGACUCACUGCAAGGAGGGAGGAAAUUUCCGAGGAGGAUGCAAGAACUGUUUUCCUGUGGGUUUGUGCGUAUAAGAAGCUCUCCGCCCUCGUUCGGCACUUCUCAGACUUCUCCUUCUGCCAGAGAGUGCAGGAAGUCCUGGGGCAGAGCGAAAAAAGGCUUCUGAUCGUGGCGAAUGUGAUGAUCCAGUGGUGGAUCUGCGAAGUCGUCGCAGGAAUCCCAGAAAUAGCCGAGCAAAAAGAAGCCGGGAGAAAGGAGAGUGAAAUUCCCGCGGAAGUUCUCGCCCCGAGGAAGUUCGCCCGCAGGAAUAAGGAGUUUCUCCACAUAGGGAAGUACAUAUACGAGGAGCUGGACAGAGGCGAAGAAUUCGCAGAGUACGUGAACAAUGCCAGGCGAAGAGAGAUGCUGAAGCUGUGCAGGACCCAGAUGGAGCAGUACAACCCGCGGGAUAAGCUGCCGAUCAUCCUCCGGAUCUUCUCGGAGUUUCUAGAGGCAGAUGCAGAGAUAAAGCCGUGCCUCGUGCAGAGUCUCGAUCCUGCGGAGGAGGAGUACGAUGCAGCACUCGUGAAGAAGUUGGAGAGUGUUAUUUCCUCCGUCCCUGGGGAGUACGUGGACGAUCUCUUCGUAUUCAGGCGGAUAAAGCACUUUUUUGUCUCAGUUCAGGCACGAUCUGAGACGCAUUUUCGGGGGCUUUCAGACCUUCUUAUACAGACAGCGUAUAAGUGCAUAGAGAGUGACUGCGUGGGAGCCCGGCAGAAGGUGAAGGGAAUCCUCCAGGAGAAGGCAGGGCUUCGGGAGACCCUUUUCGCAGUGGCUUCGGAGAUUCGGAGAUUCUUCAAGGAGUCGAGGGAGCUUAUUCACGAGGUGGAGCAGGCAGAGAACGAAUUGGACGACAUUAUCCUGAAGUUCACGAAUUCGAUCGUAGAGCCUGUUUCGGAGGCUGUGCGAAAUGCUCCGCUGCAGGAUGCGAUGAAAGUGCAGGGAUUUGCCUCGGACCUCCUGGAGAGCAUAAAGAAGGAGCUUGUAGAGCACAGGCACAGCAUCUCCACGGGGGCACUUCUUCUGAAGCUUCCUGAGCUCAGGAAAAUAACGGAUCACGAGCAGGCAGCGAUUAAAAGGGCGGAGAACUCCCUCCAGGGAAGGAUAGAGGAAAUUUCCAGGGGAUUUUUGGGGAAGCUCAGGAACUUAUCGGAGGAAGAUGCCGUGUCGAUAGAUCCGGAUAGAGUUUCGCAGGCACUGGAGGAGCAUAAGGACAGAGUCCCCGCGGGAUUCCUGCAGAGGCAGUUGGACUCCGUCCUGGAGGCAGUUUUGGAGGGUAUUUCCGCCCUGAAAGUGUACAGGCAGAUGGACGCCCUGGAGAAUGACUUUGCCGUUCUCUACAAGUCCGUGCAGUACCUCGACCUGGAGAGUCCCACCGCAAAGCGCAUCCUGAAGCUCUUCACGGAGAUAGAUUGCCUGCGGAAGAGGCAGAAGAAGAGUCCCUCCGACAGAAUUGGGAAAGACCUCGAUGAUCUUGUGGAAAGAUACUCUGCGUGA